UACGAACGUGAGGGGUGCGAUGCAGGAGCCCGACGCGAGGAAGAGGGAGCAUGCGUGCACGCGCAGGAGAAGGGCGACGCUGCUGUCACCGCCGUUGCUGAGCUGCGCCACCGUCAACCUUGCCGCAGUGUCAGUUGCCGUCCUCUAUGGUAGAGCCAGAGAGAGAGAGUUCGGGAGCAGAGCAGACGAGAGAGAUCUGAAGGUGUGCUGGGAGUUCAGCCACCGCGCCCGGCCGCCGUUCGCGUUGCCGGCGCCGCCUCCAUCGGAACUGCCACCGUCAGAAAAGGGUUCUGGCCGCCAGGAGUGGUUCUGUGACUUCGGAGACCACCGUCGGAGCUUCUGGCUACUUCUGCUGUCGCCGGAAAAAGUUGCCGUUGGCGCAAUCGGAAAUUGUCGUCGCUGCCGCUUGAGGUGGCUGUCGGGCUGCCGUUGAACCGGUUCAGAGACCGCCGCUGUUCCGGUUCAGUUGUUCCUUCUUCAUUCGGUAAGCGUUUUCGAUUU